GCAAGAAGUGAGCAGCUCCUCUCAUACACACACACUCCACUGUAGACAUGAUUCACCCUCUGAUUCUCUCUGGGAUUUUACUUUACAUCUCAGGUGCUGCUGGAGUUAAUAGACUGAAACUUAAUAUAGCAGUGAAAUCUGGAUCAUCUGGCAUUAUUCCAUGCGUGUAUGAUAAACAAUAUAAAGAAAACCGCAAAUAUUUGUGUAAGGGGACAGUUUGGAGCUCUUGCCGUAUAUUGGCAUAUGCAAAUGAGACAGGAAAAUAUUCCAUAACUGAUUAUCCAGACCAGAGUAUUUUUACAGUGCGAUGGGACAGUCUGGAGACCUCAGACUCUGGAUAUUACUGGUGCACUGUGGAGAUUGGUGACUAUGGCACCAUAGACGGCGGUUAUUAUUUGUAUCUGACGAUACAAUCAGCUCCUGAUGUGUCUGUGGAGAACAGCAGUGUAUCUGGACAUGAAGGUGGUAAUGUCAGUGUCCAGUGUUUCUACACUUCUGGAUAUCAGAAUAAACUCAAACAGUGGUGCAGAUAUAAAGAUCAGAGCUGUUACACAGUGGGGAGGACUGACACAUCCCAGAAACCAUCAGUCCAGAUCAGUGAUGAUGGGAGAAGAUCCUUCACUGUGCUGAUGACUGGACUGAGACUCAGUGAUUCUGGAUGGUACUUCUGCUCAGUACGAGAUCUGCAGGUUCCUGUUCAACUCAUUGUCAUUAAACCCAAACGUGCAGUGACAAAUAUUCCAACAGCUCCACCAUCUGACUCUGAGAUAGACAUGUUCACAACACAGUCGUCUGCCAACAGAAAUCCUACAAGUUUGAAUAAAAUAGUAAACACAGUUACGACUACAGACUCAAGACCUGAAACACACAUAGAUGAAACCAACCCGUCUCUAAUAGCGGCCUCAGAGACUAUUGCUACAGAAAUACACAGCAAGGAUGAGCAAAACAAGGAUUUAAGGCAUGUUGGGAUUCUGCUCAUGAGUCUUGUAGCGAUGUUUGUGCUGUUGCUGCUUGUUUCUCUUGUUGUAAUAGUAACCUGGAGGCUGAGAAAGAAGCCGAAGAGGGGUCACAUUAGAGAAGAAGAACAUUUUAACAGCACCAGUAAUACAUCUUCUGCCUCAGUGGAUGACAAUUCAGUGUUUUACAGUUCUGUGGUCUUUAAUAAGGCAGUAAGUGUCGUCUUUGAAUGUUCUGAAUGUGUCACACAGUCUGUUUGUCCAAUUCAAAAUGGAAACUUGUUUGUAAAUGAUCACACUUUUUUGAUUUUCCAUCAUGUGACACAUGUAGCACAGAAAUUACACACUAAUGGUUGUGAUUCUUACCACUGAUCGUGUUUAUUCACAGAGUUUAUCAUCAGUGGAUCCAGAGGGUCAUGUGAUCUACAGCUCUGUGAAAAAGUUUAUAACAUACACACCCUGCUCCUUCUUAAUAAAGUUAUGAGCAAAUGAAAGUAAAUCAUUGUAAAUUAGUAAUAAUUCAUUAUAAUUCUAUUUCUACCAUUUCAGUUUUAGUUAGUGUAAACCUGUUAACUGUCAUCCUCCUUUCUGAACAUGGACAUGAAACUGCACUAUCCAAACAUAAAUGGUUGUAAUUCAUGAAUGCUUUGGAACAAGAUGGUUACUAAAUAUGGAACCUUGAGUCUCAGACCUUUCCAAAGAUAUUUAUAUUGUAAAUAGUGCAGUAAAUUUUGUAAUAUGAAACAUGACACCACCCAUUAGGGGGAGGAGCCUGCUAAAAGGAUUUAAAGGGAUAGUUCACCCAAAAAAUAAAAUUCUGUCAUCAUUUAUUCACCCUCAAGUUCCAAACCUGUAUAAAUUUCUUUCUUCUGCUGAACACAAAAGAAUAUAAUUUGUAGAAUGUUUGUAACCAAACAGUUGUGGGGCAUCAUUGACUUCCAUAGUAUGGGGAAAAAAAUUACUACGGAAGUCAGUGGAGCCCCACAACUGUUUGGUUAAUUAUCCCUGUAAAGUAUCAUUUUCAUCAUAGCGCAAAGAUUAAGAAUACUGAGGGUUUACGCUUUCAAAUGAUACUUAUGAUGAUUAAUAAAAUAUGUGAUAUAAUAGGCAAUAAAAAAGAGCACCAAGAAAUUAAUAAUUUCACUCUUGAAUAAAAAUGCAUUUCAUUUCUCUGCAUCUUACAGGUACAUUCCAGAGUGGAUUCUUGACCAAAUGGAGGACUUCAUGUUUCUUUUCAUGCAAGUCUAAAUUAGGCCUACAUAAAUUGUAGGAUUACAUAAAUGCAGUUUUGUUAGUUUUAAUUAAAUUACAGUUUAUUAAAAAAAAAAAAUGUUA